CUCUCUCUCUCUCUUCAAUGGCGUCUUCAAUGAAGCCAUCUUCAAGGUACAGCACCUACGAUUCUCGCUCCUCAACUUCCUCGCACUUUUCCGACCCUUCUUCAUCUUCCGACUUCACCACCAAACCCCACUCUUCAUCUCGCGCGCUCGUGAAUGCCACCAAGAAGGUGGAUCCGAGCUUAACCACAAUGGUGAAGAAGCUCAUCAUGCAGAAGAAGCCCAAGUCCACCAACCACCAACCCAAACUAAUUGUUCCCUCCGAUUUGAUAGCACAACAACUGAAGAAAGACGCAAAGAAGGCUACAGGGCUGUCGUCGCUGCAGAAGAAGCUCUUCGGCGGGAAGCCACGGUCGUCGGAGGUGAAGGCGCUCACGGAGGUCAAGGGGAACACCAGGACACUGGCAAUGGUGCUAAGAAGCGAGAGGGAACUUCUCACCAUGAAUAAGGAGCAGGAAGGGGAGAUUUCUCAGCUCAAGAUCUUGCUCGAUGAGAAGAACAAAGAAGUGGAGAAGCUGAAGGAUUUGUGCUUAAAACAAAGAGAAGAGAUAAAGUCAUUGAAGAGUGCAAUACUGUUCCCUGAUACAACGAAUUCUGAGCUUCAGGAACUUGUAGAGAAGCAAAGCUCAGAGCUGAAGCAGGCUAAGAUGGUCAUUCCAACUCUACAGCAGCAGGUCACUUCUCUCACUGGUCAGCUUCAAACCCUUGCCGAGGAUCUUGCAGAGGUUAAGGCCGAUAAGUAUUCAGCAAAAACAAGCUUCCAGGGCUAUGCAAGUUCUCCAAGAACACCCACACAUGCCCGUGAAGAUUCUUGUAACUCUUGGGAUUUCAGCUCUGAUGACCAAUCAGAUGACUUAUUACUUAAGGAUCUAAAUCCAUGCUUAACACCAGUCAAUACCAAGUCAAGAUCAAGGGAUUUUGAGGUUAUGGGGUCCGGCUCAGGCUCUCUACCUGAUGAAAGCUUAUCUGUAUCUGAGGAGGAUGUUAAUGUUAAAGUAUAUCCUGAGAUUGAUUUCAGCUCUUUUGACAGAAAGUUCUCCAAGAGUUCUGAUUGUUGCCACAACUCCACCAAGAAAAGCGUGGCAACAACAAAAAAGUUUAUAGGUCGAAGAUCUGAUGAGAGCAAAGUAGCCUAUGGAGGUAGAGUGAACCACAGAUUUGCAUAAAUAAAAGAAUCUCAAAUGUUUUGUUAGAGAUUUGUUAUCUCUUCUUCACUGUCACCAUCUUCCAGUUUUGUUAUUACACAUGUCUGUUUCAGAUGUUGGACAUUGUCUCUUUAAACAUGAAGAGUAAAUUAUUGCUA